UCAUCUCUCAGCAUCCCAAAAUCGUUGCUUGGGUUGCGCGCGCUCCCAAACCUUCCAUAUACAGUUCAUCGAUCCAAUCAAAUUCCCACCACCGAUCGUGUAUCUCUCUCCGACUUUCCGUCAAACAGAUUCGCCUUCUCUCUCUGUUCCGUCCCGUACACAUUUUUCUUUCAUUGUGCUUGCUGGGUGUUUUCGUUUCGUUCGUUCAGCGAGUUAUAGCGGAACAGGAUUGCCGUGCCGUUUAACAUUUUUAUUAAAGGCGUUGUUAUUGACUCGAAUACUCAACUGAAUUUUCACCAGUUCCGAUUGAUGGUGAUUUAGUGUGUGUGAGAACUGGAUUUUUACUGGUUACAUAGUUUUAUAUGUGAAUAGUUCUCGAAAUCAGUCAAACUGUGGGGAGCAGGGGCUUUUUUCUUACCCCCUCAGGGGAUGUACUAUCCGCACAUGGUCCAGGCCGGAAUGACCCCCCCUUUUGGAGCGGCUGGACCAGCGGCCUUCUCGACCCAAAACGGCGACGUGAAAACCGAACCUGACAAAACCACAGUGGCCCUCUUGCCACAACCGACAGGGGCGGCGGCAGGCGGUACGGGGCCCCCUUUCACGCCGCCACCCCCACAAUCCAACAUCACGACAGAACCGCCACAAGUAAAUUUAGGACAAAGCCCGGUAGUGACACAAAAUCAGCAACAAAAUUUCAAAUGCAGCGAUAGCCAACAAACGACGACAGAAAGCGAAAAUCAGACAACCACGGCGAUUUCCUCGUCGGAGGGAACGGACAGCACGACCAACGGGGCGGCGGCUGGACAGGAUCCUUCCAAAAACCAACCGAAGAGGCUGCACGUUUCCAAUAUUCCUUUUCGUUUCAGAGACCCUGAUCUUAGGGCGAUGUUUGGGCAAUUCGGUCCCAUUUUAGAUGUAGAAAUUAUAUUCAAUGAAAGAGGAUCCAAGGGGUUCGGUUUUGUAACAUUCGCAAAUAGUGCUGAUGCGGAGCGCGCACGAGACCGACUUCACGGCACCGUGGUUGAGGGAAGAAAAAUAGAGGUAAAUAAUGCCACUGCGAGAGUACAAACCAAAAAACCACCAACACUUCCAUCAGUCCCGGUGAUGCAGUGGGCGGAUGCUGCAACGAUUCGCGCAGGUGUGGCGGCGAUCCAGCGGGGCAGAGCGAGGGCGGCGUACCCUGCGGCGGCGGCCGCUGCUGCUGCAGCCGCUUUCGGCAGACAUCCAGCUCCCCUGGCAGGCACCCUACACGGAUACGCGCCUGUCCUGAACACUUUACCCGUUGACGGGAACGUUUAUUACGAUCCCUUUUUAGCCGCACACGCUGCCGAUCCCAACUAUAGGCUUCAGGCUGCCGCUGCUGCUGCACCCCUAUUAAAAACACCUCUGUCGACUGCUCAACAGGCUAGUUACGCCGCUGCCGCCACCUAUACGGCCGUUGCCGCACGAUACGCGGGUGCGGCACAACCUGUCGCUGGUUAUGCCGCCGUUGCCGGUUAUGGCCGAGAUUACGCCGAUCCAUAUUUGGGGCAUGGAAUAGGACCUAUGGCAGGAUAUGGGGCAGCAGUAUACCGUAGCAGCUACAACCGUUUCGCCCCAUAUUAACAUAUCCGCAGCUCCUCAAAUCUCAGUAAUACUCAAAAUUUGUCUUGUGUACGCAUUAGGCAAAUUGCCUAUGCACAAAACAAUUAAUUCAAAGAAAAUGAAAUAUUCGAAGAGCUGUCAACUCACUAAUGUUAUUUGUGAUAGUCUGAAUGAACCAGCUCUCUAAUAGCAAUCUAAGACUUUUUAUGUAAAGUUUCCAUUCACUUAUACUUGAUUUUUUUUUCGACAAAGAAAAACUAAUGUCUACAUUUAUAUCUUGUGAUAUUAUGUAUUUGUAAUUUUUUUUUCGACAUCGAACGAAUUUUUUAUCAGAAAAUUUUAUUUCUACGAGAGGUAACAACGUAGCAAUAUGGAUACCCUCUUCAGACCAUUUUAUCGAUGAAACCAAACAAUUCUGUAUAAAAUGUUUAACGAUAUUUAUAACACUAAUAACUAAAAUGUUAUUCGAUUCUUGAACAUUACAAAUCAAUGGCAAAAUUUCACUUGUUGUCCAUAAUUUUUGAAUAGCUGUUUUUUUUAUUCAAACGUAUAUUAAAAUAUACAUACAGAAUGAUUUUAAAAGAAGAAUUGGUUUAUGUUGAGAGUAUAUUUGAAAUUCCAAAACUAAACAAUAUGAAAUAAUUGUUUUUCGCUCAUCAAUUCUUAUCGUAUCCUCGUUACUCAGUUUUUGAAAUAAUUAUUCAUAAUAUUAAAAAAAUAUCUCAAGUAACCUUGAGAAUUUGUGAGAUUUAAUAAUGCAUAAUCGUAAAAAGUGAAUAUUUGGAACUUGCACAGAAUUGAAUAACUUACACAAUAAUUAUAAUCUAGUUAUAUUUAUUUUGAAACUCGACUCGAUCAACUCAAUGCGCAUAAUCUGAUUGUGAAUUAUGAUAUUUAAGGUAGAUGUUUAAUUUUUAUAUUGUUUUUACAAAGGCUAAACCAUGACAUUAUUCUUUAUUCAUUAAUGAUUGAUACCAAAUGAACAAAAAUCCAAGUGAUAGUAGCAUUGUAAAGUACGUAAGCAGACAUUAAUUUUCGUUGGACUAUUUCUCCCCAGUAACUUUCAUUUUGGCAUAUAAUAUGAACUCGACUCAAAAUAUCGAGAUCAUCUCAAGGCAAAGUUUAUAUGGAAAUUUAUCUUUCAGCAUAAGCUGAAAUUAUAGUUUAAUUGUUUGUACUAGUUAAAAAGGCAGCAGAAUUCCUUAGCUUUAUAUGAACAGGAAAUUAGGUAGUCCAUUUCAGAUCAACACCUACUGUGUGAUCGAAUAAUAUUUUCACCAAAGGUUGUGCUUGUUAUAUUUUAGUAAGACUGUAUCAAAUAUCUAGUAGUUUUGUAGGUGAAUAGUAAUUUUUGAAUUAUUACGUAAUGUUCUGAAAGAAACUGAAAAUUGACCUCGAAACGUCUGUUUUGAAAAUACAUAUCCAAAAAAACUGUCGUUCUGAGUAUGUAGUUUUGUUGCACAAACCACAUAGUAGUAUAAUAAUCGAUUUAAUUAAUUUUUGCUGUUGUGACAUAAUGAAGAAAAUCAUUGAUGUGAUGAGCCUUCUGAACAAUUAAUAUACUCAGGUGAAGCAACAACUUUAUUUUAAAAAACAUGCCAAAUAGGUGUAAAGAUUGAUAUUUCAGAUUUUGAGUAGUCAUGUAAAAUGACCAUCGAGAAUGAUUUUGUAUGUAUAAAAUGUUUUUGUGAGGAAAUGUGUGUAAGUGUAAUGGAAACCAUUUGUUUUUUUUUUAAUUUAGUUUGCAAUGUAUAUUUUGAUACUCUCUUCGUUUUCGGAGGACAUUUUAUGGUCUGUAGAACAUAUCGCUGAUAUAAUUUUUUUUUUAUUUUCAAUGUACAGCAACAGUGAUGACCUCGCUCAAGUAUAUGAUUUCUGUCUUUUAUAAUUUUCGAUUCAAUUUUUUUUUUCGAUUACCGCCCAUUAUACUUUCAUUUCAUUGAAUUACUCUAAAACUAUUUUGAUUAUGUUGAAGAGGAGCGUAUACUUUGGCUUCUAUAAUUUAAUACUAGUCUGUAUCUUGUAUAUAUGAUUCAUAUUCUGCAUAAAUCCUUUUACAACAAUCAUUUUCAUUGAAGAACAACUUUUUAAGUAAUAAUUAUAACAUGCACAAAUAAAUGCUGUACAUUUUAAA